CUCAAAGGAUGUACCCAUGGAGAAGUUUUCUGGUGUGUCAUGGAUUGCACUCUGUAGACAUUUGGGGCAUCCCACCCAUUGAGUACUGCAUGCAGCUGUGUCUGAGUGGGCUGGGUGACCGCAGCAGGAUGGAGGCCAAUGGAGCGAUCCUGGGCGUGUCUCUACUAAUGGAGGAUGUCUUGAACAGCGGAGGGAGGGGGGCAGCACCGCUACGUCUCCAUGACAACAAGGCGGGGGACUCACGUGGAAAGCCCGAGGAAGUAUAUUUACAUACGUGUUAGAAGAUCUUUUCUUUGGGGUGUGUUAAAAUAUAUGGGUUACUAGGUACAUAAUUGCAUUCAAAACACAUGUAGGCCUAAACAUGUAUGUAACAUGUGUUUACCGCCAGAAAAAGCACCUUGUAAGCAACGCCGUGAACAGGUUUUUUGCACUGGCUGACAGUAUUGUGUCUUAAUACUAGGAGGAUGGUAGCAGUAUGGAUGACAGUGUUGAUGAAGAAGAGAAGGGGAUCUCCUCUGGUCCCCUCCAGGACCCUCUCCAGGUGCUGUCUGUGUUGAAGGGGUUCCUGCUCCUAACCAAACAGCUGGAGGUGUUUAAGGAGAGCUGGGGAAGGCGACAGCUAGGGGUGGAACAGAUCAAUACCAUGAAGAUCCACAGGCACUUCUCAAGACUCUACAGAGCAGACAUCCAGUACCCAAGUAUGAGAGCCCUGGCUCAACAGAUGGGUAAAGAGAAGGACUUUGAGGCUCUGCUGUCUGACAGCCAGCCUCUACUGCCUCCUGCAGGAGCUUCCGAGGUUCACAUCAAGACAUUCCAAUUGCUCAGGCUGCUGGAGAGUACAGAGUGUGAUAUGAUCCGAGCGGUACAGAGGAGGAUCACAAGAGAGCUGACCCUGGUGAUUUCCGAGCGGGCACGCCAAGACACAGGCCUCCCCACAGAGUUGUGGAAGCAAGGCCCCAUGAAGCACAGUCUGUCCCCAGAGAGACCUCAGUUAGUGGAGAGCUUCACCCAGCAGCUAAUGGAGUGUGCUGAGCAGACGGAGGAGGGACAGCUGACCUUCCCCACGGCCCACCUCCAGCGGUGUCUGUCCACUCUGGGCCGUUCUGUGAUGGAGAGAGAGCGCAGCAGCUUCCUCCUCUACUCCCAGUUCUAUGAACAGAUCUUACGGCAGGAGAGCCAGCUGCUCUACCGCAGAGAACAGGAUGUGAAGAACCUUGAGGCGUCCCAGUCCCAGACCAUCAACCCUUACAGCGAGGUCAGUGGGCUCUGUCGUGGGAUGAUGUUGCAGACCACAGCCCUGCGUACCCGGGUCACCCAAUUGGAGGAGGAGCAGAGAGGUCUGGAGCAGCAGAUCAGCCUAAAAUACAGACAACGCUAUGACUCCCUGGUCCGACAACUUUUCUCCACCUGCAUUCAACUGAAGGCCAGGCUUGAUGAGUACCACGUGCGAAUGGACCAGGAUGUUACUCAGCUGGUGAGCAAAGUGAGGAGAGAGGGAGUGGAUAACAUCAUCAAGCUAAAGAAAUUUGGCUCCACUAAAGGCAAUGAAGCUCUUCUUACGACACAGUCGGAGAAGCAGGAGCUCCAUGACCUGAGCAUGGAGAACAGUCUGCUGACUGGCCUGCUGUCUAAGUUGAAGGCACUGGGCCACUGGAGACAGGUGGUUGGACAGGGCAAGUUGCACCGUAGAUUGCUCCACAGCCAGCAGAGGGAGAUGUCCUGUCAGAGGGAGGCACUGAGAAUGAAGAUGAUGUCAGAGGAGGAAGUGAUCGUACUGAAGCAGGAACUGGAAGUCACUCAGCGGGCCAUGACACAGUGUCAGACGGAGUACAACCGCACCAAGAGACUGCUCACCAAACAGAGCACAGAGCUCCAUGAGGUGAGGCAUCACUCUGCUCAGGAGGUCCAGAGCAGACAGGAGCUGGACAGCUACCACCUGCAGAGCCUGGAGCAGCUGAGAGAGGGCGUGGGGGACAGAGACAGACAGCUCCAAGACCUCAGGACUCAGCUGGACAGGAGCAGCAGAGACAGACAGCUACUGAGACAACGCAGUGCCAAAGACAUCAGACAGGUGAAGGGCCAGCUUCAUCAGGAACGCAGCCUCAAACAGGAGGCUUUCCAGCGGGUGGACAAGCUGCAGAGCCAGGUGGAGGACGUUGAGACGGCUCUCUCCAGGUGUACCUCCACAGCAGGGCGACGCCAGACAUCCUGUUACACUUUCCCUCACAACAGAUCCAGCAUCAGAAAUCCAGAACACGCUGGCCCACAGCAGGACGAUAGCAAGAGGGAUUCUACCACCCAGCUGGAGAGACCCAAAACAGACCCGUCUCGCCUGCGUAUCCUCACCACGGAGGCCCUGCUACCAAACCUCACCGAUGGAGGCCCAACCUCCACCAGUCUCCUCACACACCUUCAGCAGCUGAGACUCGACCAUCAGUAAAAAUGAAGCUGUUCUUGUAGAAAAAUGUCAACCAUGUUGUCGCAAGUAAUGAAAACAAACGUUUAUUGAUGAAAAUGAUCUAGAUGAUACACAGUAUGUGAAGGACCUUUAUACACCUGGGCCGCUAAAACAACAAAAACAUUGUAAAACAGUGGUAAGACACCUUGUUUAAAGCUAUAACUUGGUGUGAUCUCAUUGUUGCAGAUGCUACCAUACAAAUGUAGUAAGACAAACCAAAUAUAAAAGAGUUGAGACAGAACUACAUAGGCCCAGUGUAUCCAGGCUUAAUACACACACACACACACACCUUUAAAAAGGUUAUUGUAGAGGAAACAACCUUACAUUUUAUGGAUAAAUCAGGUUAAGAAUGACUGUUAAUCUCUUCACUCACAUGCAGGGGGAUUUUUUGUGUGACUUGAGCAGAAACAUGGUCAGCCUGGUCUCAGACCUGUUUAUGCUGUUUUGCCAACGCCUACAGUCAUUGGAAUUUAACCAUCUGACUUGGCUAAAAAGCACAAACUUAUCUGGGACCAGGCUAUAAUGUGGGGAUGAUCAAUAGGUUAAAUCAUAGCAUCCUCUGAACAGUCUAAUAUUUGUGGCAUGUUCAUCACAUUAGAAACUACACCAGAUAAUAGAAGGAAAUUAAAAAAGUGUUGCGUGGAAGAAUACAAAAAGAGUUCUGACAAUACAAAUAAAAUAUCACAAAACACACUCGUUUGAUGCAUAUUUUGGAAGUUAACACACAAAAAUGUUUCAAACUAUCCAUCUGGGGUGCUAAUCAUGUUUUCAACCAUGCAAAAUUUGCACCGGUCUUUCCCCCACAAAAUGGAAUACAACUGUAGAAUAAACUGUACAGGGAUUCAGAGAAGAACUUGAGGUCAAAUAAAGAAAUUGUCUUUUACUUUUUAACAGGAUGCAAACUAUGCCCUUAAGAUCCAAGUCUGGCCCUCAAUUUCUACAACAGAAUCUUAGACCCAUGAAUUAAGGCUGGACUCCAAUCCGAUUAUGCUUUGUCGACAAUGUACCAUUUAAUUGAACCAAUUUUUGCAGCCUUUACAUAGCCUUUAAAAGCUGCAUUGUCUACAACUCACGAUCGGAUUGAAUCCCAGCCUUCAUUUCUACAGCACAAGCUGACCGAAUAAUUAAAUCUUGUUCUACACACUUCCAAAUCCAAACAGAUUUUCAACUAAUACUCAAAUCAGAGAAAAAAAAAGUCAAACGAUAGGUAGGUUAUUGAUAAUUAGAUCUAUUGAGGACAUGGAAUUUAAUGUGUCAGUACCAACACUGCCAUAAAACACAAUAAUACUGAACGGUAUAUCAGUCCUGACUAACCCCACUCUAUAACCAUGACUUUAAAGUGACUGUUCCAUGUGAGGACUGGUAGAUUGGUGUAUCUUUUACACAUGAGCCCGAUUCACACUAUAGAGCCGAACCAAAAACCAAGCAGAGCUGUACAGUACAGUUUGGGUGGAACCUGUAGUGUGAAGUAGGCAAUACAGUACAAGUAAUGGUCAGCACUUAUUGAUACAGCGUCUUGUCUACAUCCCAAAUGGCACCCCAUUCCCUUUAUAGUGCACUACUUUUGACCAGAGCCCUAAAAUGGGCCCUUGUCAAAAGUAGCGCACUAUCUAGGGGAAUAGGGUCUUAUUUUGGAGGUAGGCAUGUUUUACAAACCCUGAGACACAGCAGGCAACUUCUGAGCAGUGUCUACGUAGUGCCAAGAGGAAAAUAUAAAGAUGAACACUAAAAUGACAACUUAUAGACAGGACCAUGAUUGAUUAUUAGUUGACACGAUCAGUUUCAAACCUGAUCAACUCUCAUCCCCAGAAGCUACGGUAUGCCCACGUUCCCUGACCUGCAGGAUUCACUGGACUCAAACAGAUCAAUAACUAGUAUUCACACAAAUGGUUCACACAGAAGUACCAUUUCUCAAAUUAGGAAAGUAGAUAAGACAACCAAAUCACCCUUCAUUUAACCAGCCAACAUUGUUGUCCGGUCUGAUACUGGUUGCAGAGUUAAAUAGCUACAUAGUAAAAUGUUCCACUCUGAUAAUGGCCUGUAGUGUGGACAUUCUAAGUUUCCUCUGAAUCUUAAAAUUCAGAUAAGGUAAUGACAUUAUCCGCUAACUCAAACCAAUGAUGACCCUAAAUAUGUAAAACCGUGCACGACAAUAACAUGUUGUAAAUCGCUCUAGCUGGGAGUCAAUGAAAAAUCUCUUUAUUAAAGAUCUUUGUCAGAACCCUCUGACCAGAAAGCAAGUGUUUAUCAUAAGGCUCCACUUUCUUUCGUUGUCAACGUGGCACAGUACUGACUU